GACAGCAUAACAAUGCCACUAAAUACACAUAAAAAGUCGAAAAAUCGAAUUGCGAGAAGAAUGGUGCACUUAAAUUAAAUUUCGUUGUUUCUAUUUUAAGUCCAAAGUUGGCACGCAAAAUUAAGUUUUAAUAAACUAAAGUGAUUAAGAACAACAACCGAACAAAUCCCAGGAUGAUGAUUGAAAACUAACUUAUAUCUGUUUUGUUUGGUCAUCGCCAGUGUCUGGAACUUCAGAAUUAGAAACACAGGCAACAUACAAAACUGACAACAUCAUAAUUAUUGAUAAAGAUGAAAGCAAUGUUUAUUUUUUAAGGCUAUCUGUGUACUCAGAAAAAUAAAUUUAACGAGCUAUGCCAGAAAAACGGAAUACACCGCAUGAAUUGCGUGUCUACAAAAUUGUGAUACUAGGUGAUGGAGGCGUUGGAAAGUCGGCUGUCACUUUGCAAUUCGUAAGUCAUAGUUUUACGGAUUACCAUGACCCAACGAUCGAAGACUCCUAUCAGCAACAAGCAGUUAUUGAUGGUGAAGCAGCACUGCUGGAUAUACUCGAUACUGCUGGCCAGGUUGAGUUCACAGCUAUGCGUGACCAAUAUAUGCGUUGUGGCGAAGGUUUCAUAAUAUGUUAUUCAGUAACAGACAGACACAGUUUUCAAGAGGCGUCAGAGUAUCGCAAACUAAUUCAACGCGUAAGACUAUCUGAGGACAUACCAUUAGUGUUAAUAGCAAACAAGAUUGAUUUGGUGUUAGCAAGAAAAGUAACAACUGAGGAAGGAAAAAAUUUGGCUAAUCAGUUUGGCUGCCCUUUUUUCGAGACGUCUGCUUGUGAGAGGCUUUGCAUUGAUGAACCUUUCUACACACUUGUACGAGAAAUACGUCGAAAAGAGGCACAAGGUAGCGGUACAAGCUCGGAAAAGUUACAUUCCCGCCGCAGAAGUCGUUGGUGGCGGAUACGUUCGAUUUUUGCUUUGGUUUUUCGACGCCGCAGAAAUCUCAAUUAAGUGCACGGAAAUACAUUGAUAUGUCAUGCCAAUAGUAGUAAUUCAUGGGCAACUAUAAAGAUACACACUAUAAAUUGGAAAAGCAUGGGCAGACUUGUGAAGGUUGUAUUUCGACCCACUCUUAUCUUAUUAAUAUUUAUUUAAACCAAAUACAUUAAAAAUGCCAGUCCCUCCUACACCGGCCUCAAAAUUGUGUAGGCUUAUAAGUUCUUUAUGCUGACUUCAUAUAUAUGAUUGGACAAAUUAUUUCACUAUCUGGUUUGCAGCACAUGCUGCACAUACAAAUACGUUAUAUGCACAAUUUGUUUGAAAUGACCAAGCUACGGCAAUUAGUUUAUUGAUUCUUAUGGAAUUAUGGAUAUAGUUACUCUAACUGUGUAAAGUCGAACGACCGAGGAUUGAAACACAUGUUACAUGUUUUGAAUGAAAUUAAAUAUAUCGAAUCAAAUGGAUACUUUAUUUUAAAAUGUGAGUUCUAAACACAUUGAGAUUCAUCGAUACCAAAUAUGCAUGUCAUAUAAAAACAUCUUUGUACGUAUGUGAAACUAAAAAAAUAUAUGUAUAUCUGUUAAUAAACCAAGUAAUUAGCUCUUUAGUCGUGUCCUGUAAAUACAUAUGAAUAUAAAUAUGUAUGUAUGAAAAUAAAAUUUAUUAGAAAUGGAAGAACAUGAAACGUGGUGACGAAUAAACAGAUAUUAUACAGGUAAAAGAAAUAGAGAACCCAAAGUCUUCAGUAAACUGUUUUUUUAAGUAUACUAAAUCUCUAAAUGAGGUGUUGAUAAAACGUAUACACAAUUCUUCCAAAUGAAUUGAUUCAACCUUCAAAGUUAAAUUGCUAAAUUUAAUAAAAAAAAAAAAAAAAUAAAUAUAUAUAUAUAUAUAAAGUUACAUAAAACUUGUUAAUUUUGAGCAAAAUAACUAGCUGUGUUAUACUCACAGGACAUAUUUGAGUGAGUGAUACAUUUUCUAAUGCGCCAACUAUUGCGAUCUCAAUCUAACACACAUAUAAGCCAUAUUACUAUUAUUGUUGGGGAAUGUUUCGAAUACUUCCAAACAUCACGCUAUCAAUCUCCUAAAUUUCUACUAAACAAACUGAUGUAAUUGUUACAGAUUUGUUAUUUACUCUAUAAUGCAAAACAUACUCAAUUAAGCAAAUAGUUUAAUUUCAAUUAAAAACUGUUA